CGAAAAGGGCAUCCAUUUAUUUCAAGUAACAAACCCAGAUUCAAUGACCGUUUGCAACACGCAACAUUGCACACACACACACACACAUAUAUAUUGAAUAUUUGUUUCUUUUCAAAAACGUAUGAAAGCAACUCGCCACAAGGUUUCUUACGUCGUCAACUUGUGCAAUGAAGAACGGGCUCAUUGCCUUGGUGUCAACUCAUUAGCUAUUGACACUACACGGGAAGGAGGCGUGUUGUAUUCAGCUGGCAGAGAUGGUGUAGUAGCCAGUUGGGAUUUGCAUUUGAAGUUCAAAAGAGAACAAGAGUACUGCACACUCGAUGAUCCUACUGAAACAACACCCAAGGCGACAUGCAAAGCAUUUUCACAAAUGCAUACAGACUGGGUGAAUGAUAUUGUCUUGUGUCAAGGAAACACUUGUGUAGUGUCAGCUUCGAAUGAUAGAACCAUUAAAUUGUGGAAGCCUUCAAGCGAUAUGAAAGCAGCACAUACCAUUGGACACCAUAUGGAUUAUGCAAAAUGCCUUACUUAUGCUUCUCAACCUGGUUGGGUUGCCAGUGGUGGUUUAGAUAGACGCAUCAAUAUUUGGGAUAUUGAGAAAUCAGAAGCAUCCCUUACUAUUGAUGCAGGCCCUGUUCAUCAUUAUACGGAUAACACAAGUGAAAACACAAAUACAAUGCACAACAAUUCCAGUAAAUGCUCUAUUUAUGCAUUGGCUGUCAAUCCAUCCGGUACUUUAAUGGCCUCAGGUUCCCCUGAAAAAGUAGUUCGAUUAUGGGACCCUAGAUCAGGCAAACGCAUCAGUAAACUGACAGGCCAUACAGACAACAUUCGUGCCUUGUUAAUUAGUGAUGAUGGACAAUAUAUUCUUUCAGGUUCAUCUGAUUCUACUAUCAAGCUUUGGUCUGUCAAAGCACAACGAUGCUUGACUACUUAUGAAACACAUCCUGACUCUGUCUGGUCCUUGUAUUCGAAUCACCCUGAACUCAAAGUAUUUUACUCAGGAUCAAGAGAUGGUCUUGUCAAUAAGACACAUAUGAUGGGACAAGCAUCACUCGAUGGAGAAAGUGAAUGCAUUGGCUUAUUUAGAGAAGAUAGUGGUGUGCUUAAAAUUGCAGCACUUGACGAUACUUAUGUAUGGACAGCCACUUCUAGCUCAAGCAUUCAUCGAUGGCUAUCUGUUCCGCCUGCAGAAACACGCCAACUAUUGCCUCGAUCGAAGCUUAACCCCGAAAUUCCUUCUUCAGCAUUAAUCAAGUUGCCCAUGGCUAAAUCUCCUUACACUUCACACAUACCAGACUCUUAUGUCCCUAGUGACCAAAUUACCAUGUACGCUGGCUCAGUGCUUUCUAUCCCUAUCAGCUAUCAAGACGACGAUUUAGACAAUCAAAGUUCGCUUGUUCCUUUACGAUCAGAACCAGACGAUGUGAUACCUGGCAAGCCUGGUAUUAUCUCUCACUUGAUCUUGCACAACAGACGCCAUAUUCUGACCAAAGACACGAAUGGCGAAGUCACUCUAUGGGAUCUCACGAAAUGUGUUCAAAUCAAGAACUUUGGUAAACAAGACAUUGAAGAUGUAGCCUGUCAUGUCAAUAGUAUCGAGAGUUUUCCUGCUUGGUGCUCUGUGGACACCAAAAUUGGUGCUAUCACUGUUCAGCUGCAUGAAUUUAAUUGUUUUGACUGUGAAAUGUAUGCAGAUGAAGUAGAAUUGCCAAAAGACUAUCAAGUACGAGAAGAUCAACGCCUGAAUAUAGGAAAAUGGGUCUUGGCCAACUUGUUUCAUCAGUUUGUUGCAAAAGAAAUAGAACAGGGUGAGAUUCGAUUUGAAUUGGAUCAACCCGAAAAGCCAGAAUCAGUGAAAAGUAAAUCAGGCCAAGCCCAUGAAGGUAUGCCUGAGCAAGCACCUGCCACACCUGCUGCGACUCCCAUACCACCAUUGACGAACGAAGCAGAAGGUCCUAAAUUGCCUUUGACUGCAGUCACUACCCAUACAGAUCAAUCACCUUAUGUGCCAUCUUCUCCACAAACAGCUACCUUGAAUGGACCCUUUACUGCUCCACCUUCUUCUAGUGUUCAGCCUGAUUACUUUUCUGGUAUGCAUCAUCCACCUACUGUGGCUCGAAGGGAAUCUUCUGUCCAGAUUCCACCACCUGCUGCCUUGCCCACUUCCCCUACUUCCCCUACUAGUAGUAAUUUCAUGAACAAGCUUAAAAACUUGUCUGUCAAGGCUAAAUUAACACGCAUACCUACCAACGAAGAUAAACUGCCUACAACUGAGACACUAGCCCCUACCACAUCUACACUCUCUAUCCAUGCAUCACCUCAAACGACUCAAGAAGAAGAACAACAACAAGAUGGCGAUGGUGAUGAGCCCGCUAAAUUAAAAGAGAUUGAAGAAGAGACUAAAACUGAGUCUUAUUCACCACCUCAUUUAGACGAUUUUCCUCCCUUAGAUAUACCUUCUUCUACUAUGAUCAUCAUUGCAGAAGAAAGCGCAGAAGCUUCAACUGGCAUGGAUUUGUAUCGUGGUACUGUGGGCUCAUUAGGCCGAGAUGUAGACACCAUUAUUGAUGUUGCUCCAUCUUGGUUAUUGUCCUAUCUUCUCUAUAAUAAGACACCACCUAAAGAAACAGUCAAAUUGACAUUUGUAUUACGACCUGCAACAGAUUCUUCCUUGGAGGAAUUACCUGGAGGGUAAGACGAAUCAUCCUUAUUUGUACUUAUCUAAAUUGAAAUAGACCUAACAAUCGAUUAUUGGCUAAUCGCGUCUUAAGAGUAAGGAAACUGAUUCAAUAUGUUGCUGAGAAACUUGAGAUACAAGAUGAAUCUUCUAUUGAAUUGCUCUGUGGUGAGACUCUAUUGACACCUACUAUGACACUUGCUGCAAUUAAGCACCACAUACUAAAAACAAGUGGUGAUAUUCCACUGAUGUAUCGCUUAAAACAAGUCAAGACUUGAGCACUUUUUUUCUCUGCCGGCAGAGAACAUUUAUUUUUUUUUUCUUUUUUUUUUUUUUGCAUGAUUUUUGUGGCUGC